AUGUCUCCUCCGACUCUUCUUACAUCGCCCUCUUUGAAUCUAAUACCCGAACCACUCACUCGCGACGGGUUUGCCCCCUUUGGCACCACAAUUAUUCCCCCUCUUCCCCGCACCACCACCAGGCCUCCAAACCCUCUAUCCUCACACCCAACACAUCCACUCGUCCCGGCUCCGGUUGCAGCAAACCAACUAUCGGCACUGAAAUACAGUCCAAUUUCGCCACUAACCAACAACUAUCCCUCACAAUGCCCAAGCAAGCAACCCUCCGAAGCCCGAAUGACCAUGUUCAGUUGCUUCCCGCGAACCCUCCGCACGGCUACUACCGCAAGCGCCAAAACCGGAGCUGAAAAGAAGAAGGUUUUUGACGUUGGAAUCCUAGAGCGACACCCGUAUACAACGCAGACAUUCUCCCCGCUUGGUCUCUCCUACGAUCACAAGGAUGAGACGUGUUAUCUGGUCAUCGUGGCUCCAACGCUGAAGGGCGAAGUCGCUACAGCAACUACGGAAGCUGGGGAGAAAGUGUCUAUCCGCGAUCCGCCGGACUUGAGCCGAUUAAGGGCCUUUGUGGCUAGUGGGGGAGAGGCUGUGACGUAUGGAGCUGGGACGUGGCAUGCGCCGAUGGUGGUUGUUGGAAAGCGGAGGGUGGAUUUUGUGGUUGUGCAGUUUGUGAAUGGGGUUGCGGAUGAGGAUUGUCAGGAGGUUUGUUUUAAGGAAGGUGUUGUGGUGGAUUUGAGU